AGAUGUCGCCUCGAUCGUUUAAAGAUGUCUGUGCCCAUUGCUUUUAGAAGUUCCCUUGAAUAUGAGGCUGAAAGACAAGAAAAACGUGAUGCCAGAUCACGAUAUCUAGAAAAGGCAAAGAAGGAAUAUGACAAAAAUGAAAAAAAGAAGGAACUUGCCAGGCAGAAGGGGGAUGACACUUGGAUGUUACCGUCUGUCAGUAGCAGAGUUGAUAAGGAGUCAAGUAAACACAAGAAAAAGAAGAAAGACAAGAAGAAAAAGCACAAGAAGCAUAAGAAAAGUAAACAUAAAGAUGGAGAAAGUUCAGACUCAGACUCUGAUGAACCUACCUGGGUUGAAAAAGGACAUAGUGAAGAUCCAAUGGAUACAGAUGCCUCUCUACCUUCAACCAAAGUUGUCAAGGGGCCAGCGAUGAUGCCUCAAGAUUGGAAAUUACAGAGAGAUGACUGGAUGGCGGCUCCUAUAGAUCUCGUCCCGUGUGUUACAAGAGAUGAACUCAGAGACAGAAUUAAAAAGGACAAGAAAGAGAAAGAAGAGGAGGUCAACCUUUUCGAUCAGCCUGGUCAGCAUGCAAGAGAACUCAAUCCAUUCUGGAAAGAUGGUGGUACAGGUGUCCCUGACGAGAGUCCAUCAGCUAAGGCGUCGGCCCCUGUAUUGGGAGAUGGUGGUGUUGGCUGGUUGAAGAAGGCCUAUCAGCGAUGCGUCGAGCAGGCAGAAGAAGAGAAAAGAUCUCUUGAAGAUAUUGCUGCUGAACGAUAUGGUUCCUUGGAAAAACUUGAAUCCAUGAUCAUGAAAGCGGAGAGAAAUCUUCAGAGGAAGAGAGAAGAAGAGCAACUGACAAGAAUGGAGGAACGAAAAAAACGUAAUGAUCGCCAUGGAGAUCGCGUGAGGAGAUCUCGCUCUAGAGAUAUAGAUGUAUCUCGACGACGAAAAAGUAGGUCAAAUUCUCAAGACAGAGACUCUUCCAAAUGUCAGAAUAGGUCGUAUUCUAGAGAAAGAGGGUCAUCAAAACGCCGUAGAAGUAGGUCCAGUUCUAAGGAGCGAUAUUAUUCUCGUCGCCGAAGGAGUCGGUCAUGUUCUAAAGACAGGGAGAUGUCACGGCGUAGUCGGUCUGAUUCUGCAGAACAACUUUCUCGGCGGCAAAGGAGCAGAUCACAGGAGAGGAGUCAGCAAAGGAGGAGUCGAAGUCGAUCAAAAGAACGGGAAAGUUCUUCAUCCAAAUAUAGAUUUAUGAAUCCUAAUGACAAUCAGAGCAGCAGACGUCAAUUUAUGAAACCAGAUGAUUCAGAGAAAUCCUCCAAAAGAACAUUUAUGAAACCUGGAGAUAGUGAUUCUGGGAGUAUGCGAUCAAAAUAUAGAAAACCAGACUCUGGUAAUGACAAUAUCCCUGCAUGGAAAAAGCGUGACUUUAUCAAAGCAGAUGAUAGGGGAGAAGACAAAAGUGUAUCAAGGCAUUCAGAUAGGAAAGAUCUUCCUUCGGCCAAAAAAGAAUCACAGAAAGCUCCUUCACCAAAAAGGAGAGAUGCAUCUGACAGUGAGGAUAGCAGCUCCUCGGAACCAAGUGAAAGUUCUGAAGAGGAGGUCCCACCACAGGUGCCAAUACUGUCUGAGCAGGAAAUGAAUACUCUGGGUGCGAAGAUCGUCAAGGCUGAGCUCAUGGGUAAUGAGGAUUUAGCAGCAAAGUUAAAAACUCAGCUAGAGUUGGCAAGGUCAGCUAAAGAGGCCAAUGCAAGCAGGGUAGCAGCAUCUGGUGGUAAGAAAACAAAACAAAAAGAUGUCGCGCCAGAAGAUGUGAUGCUGACAACGAUUACUAGAUCAGGAAUUGAGAUGCCUCUGCCUGCACGCAAGACACCUCAAGAGCCAUCUGGUGGCAGGCGGAAGAAACAAAAGGUUACAACCCAUGGAACAUCUGGCGAGCGGGAGAGAUAUUUUGCUGAUGAUGACAAGUAUGACCUCAAGACAAUGUUCCAGCGAGAGAAGCUUGGUACUGCUGAGGAUCAGGACAGGAUGUUUGCAAGACUGGCUGGAAAGGCAAUGGAAAAAACUGAUGAUGACUACCAAGUUGAUGACGUGUUUGUCAAUCGUGCCAAUAAGAAGUUGUCGGAUUCAAAAGAGGAAAACCGUCAACGAUCAGAUGCCAUUGCUCAACAUAGCAAGAUGGCGUCUGCCCUCGGUCGCUGCGACUUGUGCCUGGAGAAAUGUCCUAAACAUCUCAUAAUUGCCAUUGGAAUAAAAUGCUAUCUGUGCUUGCCAAACUACCUGUCUCUGACAGAGGGCCAUUGUCAGAUUGUGCCAAUCCAGCAUGUCUCAGCAGGAACCGCUGCUGAUGAGGAUGUGUGGAAUGAAAUACAGGUCUUCAGGAAAGGUCUAACAAAACUGUUCGAAGAUAAAGACAUGGAUUGUGCCUUUAUGGAGACUGUGAUGGGGUUGAAGUGGCAGCCCCAUAUGAUAAUGGAGUGUGUCCCCAUGCCGAGGGAGACUGGAGAAAUGGCACCAAUAUACUUCAAGAAAGCUAUCCAAGAGUCUGGGACUGAAUGGGAUCAGAACAAGAAAUUGGUUGAUAUAAGGCAAAAGGAUAUUAGGAGAUCUGUCCCUAAAGGUUUUCCCUACUUCAGUGUGGAUUUCGGUCUCCAAGGAGGAUUUGCACAUGUCAUUGAGAAUGAAAAGAUAUUUCCUAAAUAUUUUGGAAAGGAAAUAAUUGGUGGGAUGUUGGACCUGGAACCAAGGUUAUGGCGGAAACCAAUGAAGGAAAACUUUGAGGAUCAGAGAACGAAAGUUUUGCAAUUUUCAAAAUGGUGGAAACCAUUUGAUUGGACACUUCAGCUGCACAAACAAGACGAUGACUGAAUUCAGAUUUUGUAUAUAAUUGGACAAAACUAUAUUUUGUUGAACACAUAGGAAUGCAGUUUUCAAACAUUAGUGAAAAUCCCUUUCCUGGAGUAGUCCAUGCAGACAGCCAAGCUUGGAGCUUGUGAAAUGAGAGUGCGGAAAAUAAAGGACAACAGUUAUGGUUUGUUUGGUUUCCCCCAACAAACUGUAUGUCACAUUG